UUUGAAAGACACAUUUCCUUCGGCUAGUUGAAGCUGAAGCCCUACUGGGUGGAUUACGACAGGAUUUCGGAAUUCGAAAGUAUCUUGAUUCUUCGCAACAUACGAUAAAUCUGUCUUGGGAUAUUUCACCUCCUAUCGGGGAACGCAAAGAUGAUGGGUGACGAACAACCGAAGACCCUGUACGUGGGGAAUCUUUCCCGAGACGUGACGGAGGCCCUCAUCAUGCAGGUGUUCGCCCAGAUUGGCCCCUGCAAGAGCUGUAAAAUGAUCGCCGAUGAUGUCGUUGUCUCCUUCAAGUCUGCAGGUAAUGAUCCUUACUGCUUUGUGGAAUUCUACGAACACAAUCACGCUGCUGCCGCCCUGUCUGCUAUGAACGGGCGUAAAAUAUUGGGCAAGGAAAUGAAAGUCAAUUGGGCCUCAAUGCCGAGCAGCCAGAAGAAAGACACGAGCAAUCAUUUCCAUGUCUUUGUCGGUGACCUGAGCCCUGAAAUUACCACAGAUGACGUCAGAGCUGCCUUCGCACCAUUUGGAAAAAUAUCUGAUGCUCGUGUGGUGAAAGACCUGGCCACGGGAAAGUCCAAAGGCUAUGGCUUUGUUUCAUUCUUCAACAAAUGGGAUGCCGAGAACGCCAUUCAGCAGAUGGGAGGCCAGUGGCUUGGGGGUCGACAGAUUCGUACAAACUGGGCCACGCGGAAGCCUCCAGCUCCUAAAGCCACCUCUGAGACUAAUGCAAAGCACCUGUCCUUUGAUGACGUGCUGAACCAGUCCAGUCCUAGCAACUGCACUGUGUAUUGCGGUGGGGUGGUCACUGGUCUCUCAGAGCAUGUGAUGAGGCAGACAUUCUCACCAUUUGGCCACAUCAUGGAGGUUAGGGUAUUCCCUGAGAAAGGCUACUCUUUUAUAAGGUUCAGCACCCACGAAGAGGCAGCCCACGCCAUCGUCUCUGUGAACGGUUCAUCCGUAGAGGGACACACAGUCAAGUGCUACUGGGGCAAAGAGACACCGGACACAAUGAGCCCCAUGCAGCAGAUGCCUCAGCAAAACAAGGUAGGCUACACUGCCCAGCCCUAUGGCCAGUGGGGUCAGUGGUACAGCAACACCCAGCAGAUUGGCCAGUAUGUGCCCAAUGGAUGGCAGGUGCCCUCCUACGGCGUGUACGGCCAGGCAGCCUGGAAUCAGCAGGGUUAUAAGUAGGAUGGAGGAUAAUGGUGGGGUGGGGUGGUAAGGCCCCGCACCCCCCCCCCCUUCACCAGGGUUCCAGCCAAAACCACCCGCCGGACCACAACCCCAAGCCCUGCUGUAAAAUACACAACCGGCAGAGGCCUGAAUUUGUCCACCAAACACAAUAUACUUAACAUUUACCUUUUUUUUCUCACGAAAGGAGAUUGAUCCCUACAUGUCUGUCUUUUUUUUCCUUUACUUUAAAAUGCUGUGUAAAUGGAACACUGCUGCUUUUUUUUAAACGGACUCGUUACUUAUUUUUUGUCUUUUUUUUCUUUCUUUUUGUUAUUACUGUGUAUUUUUCUUUUGGCUCAAUGAUGGUAACAUCUCUAAUGAGCCGCCAAUUAGAUAAAACUCCCAGUUCUGAUCCAGAAGUGAUUAGGACUCGUGGAUUGAUUUCCUCUGUCGGCCCAGCCUCCUGACAUGGCGGAUUGGUGUGGGCACCAUACGCUUCUCUGUUUGCAGAGGCAUGUCACAUUUUUUUUAAGUCAUUUUGCAUUCUUCCUAUGCUUAUUCAUAACAUUGAGAGAGGAAGUGAAUGGUCAGAAUAUGGUCCCAUAAUUUAUUUGUAUGACUUUCCCCCUUACUGAAAGAUAACGAGCACCCUCGGUAUGUUAAACCAGUGUAUUUUCUUCAGAUAUCAUGGGGGUGGGGGUGAUCUUUCAGGACGCAAUUGAGGAUUGGCUUUUCCCCUGGUCUGUAUUGUUUUGUUUUGUUCAUGGGUUACGUUUUUAAAACAAACAAAUCAACAAACAAACAGGAAACAUGCCUUUUUUGUUUUCAUAAAGAAACAUUUGUUGUGUAUGAAAACUUGUGUAUGACAUUAUGAAAGAUGCUAAAAAUCAGGUUGUACUGCAUUGGAGACAUAUUAGUAAAUUCAUGUAUGUGAAAGAUUGAUACUGUGCUUUUUUUCCAUUCAGUCCCUUCACGGUUCUGUUGAGAACAUCAUUUUAUCUACCAUCUAAUCCGUAUUGAUCCGUAGAGUUCAGAUAUGCAAUUUUAGCAAAACUAUUUUACAUUUCUCCUGUUUGUUUUGCACUGUAACAUUAGUAGACCAAAGACAUCUAUGGCCACAGUAGCUAAAUUAUUUAUAACUGUUGAAGCAUUGAAGAUGCUGGUACUAAUGUUUUACGUGCAUCACAGUACACAUUUAGUUGUAAUAAACCUGUGUUUUACAGGAUUAGGAGGUCCCCGAUAAAUUUACCGUUGUCCUGUAAAUAAUAAACAAACUAAACCAUUUCAGAGCUUUUAGCAUUUAGGAAAUUGUUCUCCCUCCAGCUACAUUGACUAAAACAAACAAAAAAAUUUACACAUGGCAAUGUUCACCGAUGAACUUCUCUUCUCCAAUCUUUCCUCAAGGUAUUAUACUGGUAUUCCCACAGGAAGUUAGAAAGAAUUUGUACUUACUCAUCAACAUGAAAGUUCCAAGGAGUAAAAUUUUUGAUAUAUUCCUUGCAUGAAGAAAAUUCUAAUUCUUUAAAUGAUAUCCUGUCUUUCAUUCUGACUUUUUUUUUGUUUUUUGUAAAAUAGCGUAAUGGAAAUUUCCCCUUAAUUUGUAAAUACAGCAAAGGACGACAUGAUUAAUUUUGUUGCCUUACUUUAGUAGUAGUUCACUUAGGUUCAUCUUAAUGUCAAGGCAGUGCCUGAGGACACCUACAGAACAAAAUCUUUUUUUAAGGGGUGUUUCAUUCCUGGUUUUUGAGAUAUCUAUGCUACUUUGAUCAAUACUUUCUUGCUUUGUCUGAUUAAAAUGCUGAUGCAUGGACAAAAAAAAAAAAAA